AUGGGGCCUGCAGCUGGUGGAGGUGAGGAUCCCGAUGCACACCGUGCUGCACCAGAACGCGCGCCUCGAGUGCCACUACGACCUGGAGGGCGAGUCGCUCUACUCGGUCAAGUGGUACAAGGACGGCCGCGAGUUCUACCGCUUCGUGCCCAGGGACACGCCGCCGGCGCAGAUCUUCCAGCUGCCGGGAGUCGUCGUCGACAUGAACAACUCGACGGCGAGCCAGGUGGAGCUGAAGGACGUGACGCUGAGCAGCUCCGGCCGCUACCGCUGCGAGGUCUCCGGGGAGGCGCCCUCCUUCCAGACCGUCUCCGAGCACGGCGACAUGACCGUGGUCGCCCUGCCAGAAGAAGGUCCUCGGAUCACGGGCGGCCGACCCCGCUAUCAGGUGGGCGACACCGUCAGGGUCAACUGCACCUCGGGCAGGUCCAAGCCGGCUGCACAGCUCGCCUGGUUCAUCAACGGGGAGCAGGCUGACCAAAGUUUGCUGAAAGGUCCAGACAUAAUUGUCUCGCCCCUGGACGAUCUGGAGACGUCCAUACUCGGCCUGGAGUUCAAGGUGCGGCCGCGCCACUUCCGCCGGGGUGACAUGAAGCUCAAGUGCCUGGCCACCAUCGCGACCGUCUACUGGAGGAGCAACGAGGAGAGCGUCGAGAGCGACCGCCUCCAGAAGGCGCCCGUGCUGGAGAGCAGGGCUACCGUGCAGACCAGCAACUCCCGAGCCGACAAGGUUCAAGCCAUAGGCUCCAGCCCGGCUGUGAGGCCUCCGAACCUACAGCUGCUGGUGGCGCUGUGUCUGGCGACGUCGACGCUGGCGGUAGGCACUGGAGCCUCCAGCAGGUAGCGGCCUUCCGCCUCCGGCGAGGCCCCCAGAAGGCGCUGCGCUGCCACCCCCCGCCCCUGAGGCGGCCGAGCCCGACGUCCG